CGAGCGCUACUUCGUCAUUCGGAAACCCAUGAGCCGAGGAUCCGACAACGUUAUGUGUGUGAACAGCGGGGAAUUGUGGAAAAACAAGCACUUCCUCCGAACAAUUGCAGUAGUCAGCUGGAUGUUCUGUUUCGGGAGUAAUAUCGUGUUUUACUUCAUGUAUGCAGUUAGUAUUCCUCAGUUUGUGACCAUAUUGGGAAAGAAGUUCCAAGCCGAGUUGUGUCAAAAUCACUGGAGGACUAAUUAUGACUUCAUGCAACCAAUUGCCAAAGCACUGCUGCAAAUACACUUCUGGUACCAACUCCUGGCGUAUUACCUCAUACCUUUAAUUGUGAUUGGGACAACAUACGCUCUCAUCAUACGCAAGCUUUAUAAGGCCAAAAUGGACAAAGCACUCUGUCAAGAUACUGUUCGCAACACCGCUGGAGGAGCGAGUGGCAAUCAGAAGGAGUGCGGCGGAAGGCAAACGUCCAAUGAUCAGCCGUCCCAUGCGACCUUCUACACACCCACCAUAAAUGUCACGACCACCGACUCCCAUCAUCUACUGCUACACCUCGGCACUAAGACCACACAUGGGGGGAUGGGGGGCAUCAUUGGGGCAUCCCAGUUAGUCCAAAACGUGAACUGCCGCGGCGGCAAUAAACCAAAAACCUCAGCUGGAAGCUGCAGUCAGAAAAUAUCAGAGAAGAAAGCCAAAAAGGGAGUUGUCUCAAGACUAGACAGUUUUGCCAAAAACGUGAGGAUAAACGGUCAAGGUCAAAGUCACUCUCAAGGUCAGCAUCAGAGAGCGGCGGCUUCAAACAAGUCAAUGGUUUUACGCGACAGAGACCGAAAUAAUACAGUUCGAAUGCUUAUAUGUGUUACACUGUGCUUUGCCGCUUGCUCAUUUCCGAGACAAUUGCUCAAUUUUCUGGGCUACUUCGGCUUUAGACGUCAUGAACCGACUGAAAUAUGCUUCGCCGUUUUCGUUCUGUUUCUGAAUUCGGCUCUGAACCCAUUGAUAAUAAUCGUUUUUUCAAGGUCAAUACGAGCCGAGAUCCGAGAGUUUCUUGUGUGCUUUAACAACGGACGCGCGAGAAACGAGAGGAAUUUUAUGGCUAUGCAGUCGCAACAGUGUUCGUCGCGUCAGAAUAACCAGCCUGCGAGCACACGGCUAGUCGACUCUCGAGCGACUGCAAAUUGAUUGCGGGUCAAUUUACCCAAAGUUACGCUAUGUCCAUGGAAUGCAAACGCUUAACCAUUGAAAAAUGUCUUUAUGGGGACGGAACUUUUUACAGCCAUAAAGGGCACAACAGUAAACAAAAUCCUCUUUCCCAAUAAUCAUCCAUAAAUAUCCCUGAAAUAUUUGUAUUUUUUUUGUAAUAUUUGUACUGUUACUUUUUGUUCCGACAAUUAAAAAUA